CAGGCGUGUUAUGAGCCGCCCCCGCAACGGGGUCCUAGCACUGGUGCUGUCCCCAGGAAGCGGAGAGACACAGUCUUUGACAGCGUGGCGGGACAGAAGACGAGGGACCGGGGAGAAGAAGCGAGCGUCUCGAUCCAGUACGUGGACAGACCCCCCGAGUCGAGAAAAGAGCCACUCAGAAAGCCCCUUCAAAGGAGAUCUAUCCGGUAUCGGGGGCUGUUGCUUCGCAGGAAGAGUUAGAGCGUGUCUGAGUUAAGGGUGGUCGCGGUCAGGUGUGUAGGCAGCGGGAUCCGAGCUACGAGGCACCCCGGCUUAACCGGGGAUACAGCGCCACCAUUCAGGGACCAGCAGCAGGGAGAUUGGAGCGGGAGCCCGGGAUGAAGAUAGCGGGGAGAGGGGAUCCAGGGAGCGGAACUCUUACGGUCUCGCUACCGGGGCUCGUAGAGAGCAUGGCUGCCGGGAAGACGUCCGAACUGCAGAGUGAGCGACUCCGACUACUCGUCUGCUUUUUAGGGGUUUUUGUCUGUUAUUUUUACUACGGCAUCCUGCAGGAGACAAUAACCCGAGGGGAUUAUGGGACUGGAGAGACGAAGGAGAAAUUCAAGUACGCCACCACCCUGGUGUUAAUUCAGUGUGUCAUCAACGCGCUGUUUGCUAAACUGCUUAUCCAGUUCUUUGAGAAGCCCAAGCCGGACCGCACUCGAAGCUGGCUCUAUGGAGUGUGUUCACUGUCCUACCUGGGGGCCAUGGUCUCCAGCAACUCUGCCCUUCAGUUUGUCAAUUACCCCACACAGGUCCUGGGAAAGUCCUGUAAACCGAUCCCAGUGAUGAUUCUGGGGGUUACGAUCCUGCGUAAGAAGUACCCCAUGUCUAAGUACCUGUGUGUGUUGCUGAUCGUCGGUGGUGUGGCUCUGUUCAUGUACAAGCCCAAGAAAGGGAUGCCCGGGGCGGACGAAUAUGCCUUCGGCUUCGGGGAGAUGCUGCUGCUGCUGUCCCUCACUCUGGAUGGGCUGACAGGUGUGGCUCAGGACCACAUGAGGGCGCACUUCCAAACCGGGUCCAAUCAGAUGAUGCUGAACAUUAACCUGUGGUCCACGCUGAUGCUGGGAGUUGGUGUGCUCUGGACCGGAGAGGUGUGGGAAUUCCUGAGUUUCACCGACCGCUAUCCCAGCAUCCUCUACAACAUCGUGCUCUUUGGGCUAACGAGCGCGCUCGGACAGAGCUUCAUCUUCAUGACAGUGGUGAGCUUUGGACCCCUCACCUGCUCCAUCAUCACCACGACCCGCAAGUUCUUCACCAUCCUGGGCUCUGUCCUGAUCUUCGGAAACACCAUCAGCAGCAUGCAGUGGGUGGGCACGAUGCUCGUGUUCCUGGGUCUGGGAUUAGAUGCCAAGUUUGGGAAAGGACCUAAGAAAACGACUCAAUAGAAUGUAGAAUCAGUUUUAUAAAAGCAAGGUUUCCUCCUUCAACCCUUCCUCUGUCAUCAUGUCUGUAACUUAACUGAACUAGUUUUAGUUAAAUCGUGUCUUCUUUUUUUAAACAAGAGUAUGUGUGUGUGUGUGUGUGUAUAUGUGUGUGUAUGUGUGUGUAUAUAUAUAUAUAUGUAUGUGUGUAUAUAUAUGUAUAUAUAUAUGUGUGUGUUCUGUACAUCAUUGUUAGACCUUAAAUAACUCCAGUAUUAGGUUUGCCAUCUCAUCUGUAUAUGUCAGCCUGUGACUUCAGGGCACAAACCAUUAAAUGAAUUUGUGAAAAACAUUCGGAUUCUUGUGUGAAUUUGCUUGACACCCGCUGUGAAAUAAAUUCACUCUAAAGCUUAUUAAGCUGUUGGACAA